AUGGACCAGUCUGUUGUCUCCUACCCAUCACCACCCGCAUCUCGUGCAGGUUCCCAAUCCCGCACCCGCACGACAGAAACAGACGCUGCAGCUGACCAUACGCCGACCAGUUCGUCCAAAGGCGGAGCAGACGGCGGCAGUACCCUAUCCGCUCGCUUGGAUGCCCUGCUGGAGUCCUACCUGGAGCUGCUUGACACCUACACCACCCUCCGCGCGCAGCUCUCCAAAGAUUUCUCCUCGGGAUUUCUUGCUCUGGCGCAGGCAAACCGCACAUCCACACUUGGACCAGGCCGGAGAUAUGGCGAGGAAGGCUUUGAUGGGCGGAUGAAAGCGCUCAAAACGGUUCAAAUAGUCUCCAAUGGCGACUUGAGUGUAGCAGCAGAAAGAAAGGGAUGUCUGCGUGGACCUGAGCGUGAGCGUGAGCACGAGCAUGAGGACAAUGAACACUUCCAGUCCAUCUCUAUAGGAGACACGGAGACCACCACCACAACUCCGGUCGAGAACACUCAGAAGAAUCAGACCCGAGGGCUUUCUGGGCUGCGACAUCAAACCCGCCCUGCGUCAUCUCUCUCACAUCUCCCGUCUCAUCGUCCCCGUUCGACAGCUACCUGUGCUUCUGCCUUCGGCUCAAGCCCCACCUCCAUCUACAACUACAACUACACCAUCACUUCAACUACUGCGAGUAUCCGCAACGACGACGCAAACGCAGACGCAGACCCGCCAUUGAAGUCUCAGUUCCAGUCCCGAGACCCCUUGAAAUGGUACGGAAUCCUAAACCCUCCGCACCUCCGUCAGAGUCAAUCCCAUUUCACUACCAGCAUUACCGCUACGAUCCCAAAUCUCCUAUCCACGAUGUCCUACAUGGCUGUUCUUGAGGAUCACAUCUGGGAUCUCCGUCGUGAACUGGGGAUCAGGGAUGAGUACCCUGACAUCCAGCAUCAAUCCCAAUCCCCGAACGACGGGUCUGCGCCAGAUGAAUCUGUAGACUUGGAUAUCUCCACCCCCUCCCGAGCCGCAAAGUCUUUGGGAAUACUGCCGACAUCUGGGUCCGGCCGGCGGAGACACGAGCAGAAGCACACCACUUGCUCGGCCAAGGCCUCCAACACGAAAUCCACACCACCAUCGCCAACAGCAACAGGGGCUCCAGCAGCAAUGUUACCUUCAGGCCUAUCCAUGAGACCUGCCCAUCCAGCACAACCGUGA